AUGCCUCCCAUGUAUCUCCCGCCGACCCCCGCACCAGCCGCCGCCUUCCCUCCACUGUUUUUUCCACCAAGCCCCACACCUCUUCCAGCAUCAGCGGACCUGCCUCCUAUCAGCAUCCCGGACCACCCGGGCACCUAUUUCCCGCCAAGCCCCGCGCCAGGUUUAGCACCAGCAGAUGGCAUGCCUCCGAUGUUACCAGUCGUCGCCUUCCCUCCUAUGUUCUUCCCGCCAAACCCAGCACCAUCAGAGGGGAUGCCUCCAUCACCAGCCAUUGCCUUCCCUCCGAUAUACUUCCCGCCGGCCCCUGCACCAGCGGAGGGGCCGUCGGUCACCAUCCCGGAUGUCCCGGGGACCAGCGGCUUCAACAUAACGGAGUUCGUCGUCGUCAUUGGCUUCGGCACGCCAUCUCAGCCAUCUGCCUUGCUGUUCGACACCGGCAGCGACCUCUCCUGGGUCCAGUGCCAGCCGUGCACGGGCCACUGUUACCAGCAAAACGACCCGCUCUUCGACCCGACCAAGUCUUCGACCUACGACGUCGUGCGUUGCGGUACGCCAGAGUGCUCGGCAGCCGGUGGCAUGUGCAAUGGCACCACCUGCCUCUACAACGUGACCUAUGGUGACGGCUCAUCCACAUCUGGCGCGCUCUCACAGGAGACGCUGACGUUCUCCUCGUCGCGCAAGUUCUCCAGCUUCCCGUUCGGAUGCGGCACGACCAACCUGGGUGACUUUGGCAGCGUCGACGGGCUGCUUGGCCUUGGUCGUGGCCAGCUCUCGCUGGCCUCGCAGACGGCCUCCUCGUUCGAUGGCACCUUCUCCUAUUGUCUGCCGUCUCACAAUAUGACGAGGCCCGGGUUCCUCAGCAUUGGCGCCGCCCCAGACACCGGCAAGGUCCAGUACACGGCGAUGAUCAAGAAGCCGCAGUACCCGUCCUUCUACUUCGUGGAGCUCGUGUCAAUCGACAUCGGUGGCUACGUCCUGCCGGUGCCGCCAUCCGUGUUCACCAGCAAGGGCACCCUGCUCGACUCCGGCACCACGUUCACGUACAUCCCCGCGCAGGCCUACACCUUGCUCCGCGACCGAUUCAAGUUCACCAUGAAGGGGUACAACCCGGCGCCGCCCUUCCAAGACCUCGACACGUGCUAUGACUUCUCUGGCCAGAGCGUGAUCUUCCAACCAGGGAUGUCCUUCAAGUUCAGCGAUGGAGCCGUGUUCGACAUCGACAUCUUCGGGGUCAUGAUAUACCCUUAUGUGGACCACCCGGCCAUCGGGUGCUUCGCGUUCGCGUCGUCUGAUCCCACAGAUCAGUUCUCCAUCAUCGGCAACACUCAGCAGCGUUCUGCUGAGGUGAUCUACGACGUUGUAGCCGAGAAGAUUGGUUUUGUUCCGCUGAGUUGCUGA